AUGAGGUCUCUACUGAAGCUGUUUGUUCUGCUGUUCUGUGUCCAGAGAGGAGAGGGACACUGGCUGCGCUCACUACUCGAGCAGCGAGGGCAAGCAUCAUCCUCCCCAUCAGAGGAGGAGAGGAGAGGUGGAGGAGGAGAAUCCAACAAAGGGAACAACAACAAUAAGAACACAGAAGGUUCCGGAUAUGCAGUAGAAGACCAAAGGGGUUCCGUCCCAUCCCCAAUCAUCCCAAUCCGGUCCCGCCGCUCUUCAACCCAAUGUCGUCUCCGCUCCAUCCUCCUCCAGGUACGAGAGCUGGGUCUGGGCUACGACGCGGACGAGACCGUCCUCUUCAAGUACUGCAGCGGAGACUGUCCCCGUGUCCGCUCCAACCAUGAUCUGACCCUGACCAACCUGCUCCUGAGGGGGGCCCUGCCCGAGCAGAAUGGAGAGCCGUGGCAGAAUGGACCAUGCUGCAGGCCCACCCACCACGAAGAUCUAGCCUUUUUGGAUAACACCCAUCGCUGGCACAAGGUGGAGAAGCUGUCGGCUGCAGGGUGUACCUGUGUGGGUUAA